AGAGAGAGAGAGAGAGAGAGAGAGAGAGAGAGAGGGAGAGAGAGGAGAGAGAGAGAGAGGAAAUGGGGAAAGAUCUGACCGAAGAUCAAAAGUCCUCGAUGAAGGAGGCGUUUACGCUCUUCGACACUGACGGCGACGGCAAGAUUGCGCCGUCGGAGCUGGGGAUUUUGAUGAGGUCUCUCGGCGGGAACCCGACCCAGGCCCAGCUCAAAUCCAUCGUCGCCGAAGAGAAGCUCACCUCUCCCUUCGAUUUCAAACGCUUCAUCGACCUAAUGUCGAAGCACCUCAAGCCCGAGCCCUUCGACCGCCAGCUCCGAGACGCAUUCAAGGUCCUCGACAAGGAGGGCUCGGGCUUUGUUGUCGUUUCAGAUCUCAAGCACAUCCUCACCAGCAUCGGCGAGAAGCUCGAGCCCGCGGAGUUUGAUGAGUGGAUCCGCGAGGUCGAUGCCGGAUCCGGCGGCAAGAUCCGCUACGAGGACUUCAUUGCUCGCAUGGUUGCCAAGUGAUAUCCUCCUGUGGCAGCAUACACCAUUGGUUGUAUCUAGAUGAAGUGAGGUCAAUGUGCUCCUUCAUCUUAUAGUCUAGUAUUUUGUUUGGAUGCUGAAGGGCGUUUUAAUUAACUGCCUUCAUGAAUUUUUUUCUUCUGUCGGUGAACAUUUUGUGGGGGGUCGUGUAUUUGGUUCAUAAUUGUCUAAACCCUUCACCUUUAGAAUUGAGAAGUACUGUUUGCAAGUUUGUUUUUUAUUUGGAACUCAUAAUUCCUGUGUACAGUUUCAUUGAAACUCGAAGACCAGUUAUUUAUAUUCCUUGUGCUAU